AUGCCUUUUUCGAACCUCAAGAACCAUAGACCUUUGAAGUGGGUUCGAAAGAAUUUAAAAAAACCAAAGGAUGCAAGCGAUGUUCCUCCAAAGAAUACAAACAAUGUUACUCCAAACGACACAAGCAAUGUUCCUCAACCGAGCGGUACCAAUGCGUCGGUUGAGCCAGAAGAUAAUUCAGAAGAAAUCACCACAGCUACCCAGACUGAGGACUUGUGGACAAAGGCUACGCAAAGGCUCGCUCAGGAUAAAAAGAUGGCCCUAAUAUUAAAAGAAGCUAGGCAAAUUGUUGCAGACUCCGGUCUGGAACUUGGGUCUCAUGGAACAGUCGACCAACAGCUCCAGGGCUCUCUUAACGCCAAGGUUGAAGAGCUGAAACAGCAGGAGUUGGUCAUCCAGAUUGACGACCAUUACAUUAAAGUCAGAGAAAAGCUUGUACGAGCAAUUCAAAAUGUAGUGGUGUUGAAAGAUGCAGUCAACAUGGCUUCAGCUGCAAGUCCUCCAGUCGCGAUUGCUUGUGCCGGCAUUACCGUCUCUCUCCUAUUAUUUAUACGUGCAGCGGACCAGGAGGACAGCCUUCUGAAUGGACUGGAGAAAACUUCGGAAUUGAUUCCUCGUCUUCGUAUGAUGGAAGAUCUCUACCUCCAUUCUGACGCGGAUGUCCAUGAUGAUUUUACGGAGAAAUUCAAAGACGGUCUGGUAUUAUUGUACUGCAAAGUCCUCGAGUUUCAAGCUCGAGCGCUGUGUUUCUUGCAGAAGAAUUCAUUAUCGCGAAUGGCCAAGAAUAUGUUCAACGAGAAAUGGGAUGUACUGAUAGAGAGCAUUACAAGCCAAGAGACUGAAGCCCAAAACUUCACUAGGCUUUUUGACGCAGCAGAGAGGAAGCGAGACAGAGAGAUGAUCUCACAGAACUUUGCAAAGGCGCUCGCAAAGCAUCGGCUGCAGCAAACAUCAACAGAUCGAGAUUUGAAAGUGAACCAAUUCAUCAAGAUCCUCUAUACCUGUCCAUACAGGGACCGAAAGGACCGGGUUGACAACCGUAUACCCGGAACGUCCUCCUAUGGGUUUCAGCAGAUCCGGGAUGUGGAAACUGAACCAUCUCUCCUAUCAGAUUCUGUGCUAGCACAGUAUGAUAAAGAAGGUGAAGCCAUAGCUAAAUCAUUUCGCACACUGUGGGAUAUUUUGAAGAGUAUCACGACCAGCAGCGACUUUGAUCAGAUCAUAUGUGUGGUGGAUGCACUGGACGAAUGUCAGGAAGAUGAGCGAAAGCAGCUUGUUGAAGCAAUAACGGACCUCUACGCGAGAGGGAACAAUAACCACAAUUUGAAGUUCCUUCUAACAAGUAGACCUUACCAGAGAAUACGCGAGGAAUUUCGAGUGCUGGAGGACCAAAUGCCUACAAUUCACUUAAGUGGAGAGGGUGAAGCUGAAGUGAAGGAAAUCUCACGUGAGAUCGACCUGGUGAUUGCGAAAAGAGUUCACAAUAUUUCCAUUCGAAAACAACUAGAGAAGCACGAACAAGAUUUCUUGCGAGAGAAACUCACAGAGAUGCCGCAUCGAACCUAUCUCUGGGCUGCUCUUACGUUGGAUUACAUCCAGGCUCUCGAUGGCUUCACCAAAGGAAAGAUUCGCGAAACAGUGCACAGUAUUCCUGACACCGUCGAUGACGCCUAUGACAAGAUAUUAAGCAAAAGCAAAGACCAAUCCAAAGCCAAGCGUCUACUCCACAUUGUCCUAGCCGCAGAAAAACCCCUAUCAGUGGAAGAACUGUCUCUAGCCAUGGCCAUACAAAGAGAGGGCCAACCUCAUGAUGACAUACUGGAAUCAACAGAGCCCGCUAAACGUUUCAAAUCCACGUUACGAAAUAUUUGCGGGUUAAUCCUUGUCGUCGUUGAUAAUAGGGUCUACCUUCUUCAUCAAACUGUCAAGGAAUUUCUGGUCCGGAAAUCAUCAGAUGCAGAUGAAUCAGUCAUAUCUAGCAACUGGGCGCGCGCCUUUCCAGCGGCAGAGUCGAACAAAUUCCUCGCAGAGAUAUGCGUAUGGUACCUUGAUACUCUUUCAAAAUGGGAUCUUGAUGCUGCUUUAAUACGGUUUCUUGAUUCUCCUCCAAAAGAAUUCAAUUAUGCUAGAACUCAGUUUCUUGAUGCUGCUUCAAAACUUUCCAGUCUAUAUGUGCUUUUGCACUACUCCAUAGUUUGUUGGGCACACCACUUCCGCGCAGCCUGUUUUCGUUUCCAGGAUAGGAUGACAAUGUUGGCGUAUCAUCUCUGUACCCCAACAUCAAAAUUCUAUAAAAUCUGGGUGAUGUCGUACCAGCACAAGGAACAUGAACUAGAGUUCCUUUAUCAGACACCACCUGUCAUUUCAGAACCACUUGUUAUUUCAGCUUCCCGUGGGCUGUAUGCUGUCGUACAGAAGCUCUUAGAGGAGGACACUGUGGAAGUGGACAUCCGAGACUCUGUACACGACAACACUGCACUUACAUGGGCUGCUGCAAGAGGACACGAUUCCAUUGUCGGUCUGCUUCUGGACACUGGGAAAGUGAAUUUAGAGUCUAAAGACUCUCGGGGCCGGACUCCACUUUCAUUGGCUGCUGAAUAUGGACAUGAUGCCGUGGUUAGGCUACUUUUGAAGACUGGAAAGGUGAACUUAGAUUCCGAAGACUCUAAGUACAGUCGUACUCCGCUUUCAUGGGCUGCUCAAUAUGGAUACAAUACCGUGGUCAGCCUACUUCUGAACACUGUGAAGGUAAAUUUAGAGUCUAAAGACUCUCGAGGCCAGACUGCGCUUUUAUGGGCUGCUAGGGAGGGACACGAUGCCGUGGUCAGCCUACUUCUGAAUACUGGGAAGGUAGAUAUAGAGUGUAAAGACUCUAAGUAUGGCCGGACUCCGCUUUCAUGGGCUGCUGAAUAUGGAUACGAUGUCGUGGUCAGGCUACUUCUGAACACUGGAAAGGUGGACCUCGAGUCUCAAGACCCUAGAUUUGGCCGUACUCCACUUUUAUGGGCUGCUAGGGAAGGACACGAUGCCGUGGUCAGGCUACUUCUGAAUACUGGGAAGGUGGAUAUCGAGUCUGAAGACUCUGAGUACGGCCAGACUCCGCUUUCAUGGGCUGCUCGAAGUGGACACGAUGCCGUGGUUAGGCUACUUCUGAACACUGGGAAGGUAGAUAUCGAGUCUGAAGACUCUAAAGGUCAGACUCCGCUUUCAUGGGCUGCUGGAUGUGGACACGAUGCCGUGGUCACGCUGCUUCUGAACACUAGGAAGGUGGAUAUAGAGUCUAGAGACUCUGAAGGCCGUACUCCGCUUUCAUGGGCUGCUGGGUACGAUGCCGUGGUCAAGCUACUUUUGAACACUGGUAAGGUGGAUAUAGAGUCUAGAGACUCUGAAGGCCGUACUCCGCUUUCAUGGGCUGCUGGAUAUGGACAGGAUGCCGUGGUAAGGCUGCUUCUGAAUACUGGGAAGGUAGAUAUAGAGUCUGAAGACUCCGAAGGCCGUACUCCGCUUUCAUGGGCUGCUAAACAUGGAUACGAAGCUGUCGUCACACUACUUAUGGACGCUAAGAAAAUGGGCGCAUAG